CCUUUUGACGUUUGACCGACGUUUGUCUGCUCACGUUGUGCGAAACUUUGUUCCCCUGAGAAAAUCUGUUCUCCCCAAUGUGUCGGGAGUGCGCACUGCAGCCGCUCUAUUACGCGGUAAAACUGUGCGCGCUCCCGUCGUCUGCUGACAUUCGCAAACAUUCAGGGCAUUGGUCAGGCGAACAUUCAUUGCUAGCUGGUUUCUACUAACUUGAUACAGAAGUCAGUUCUGUUUAGUUAAAACUUCACAUUACUACUAGCAGGCUGAAUGCGGUCUAACUGCAAUUUCUUUUUUUUUUGAGGAACUUAUUCAGUUAGAGAUAAAAGCGCAUAUGUCUCGGUCCUGAAUGUCUAAACUACCAGGAAAUGCAGGCGUCUCCUUGCUUGGUGACAAGACCUUGGACUUCUACCGGGAUCCGGUGUUCUUCUGCCUGCAGAGAAUUGAAAAACACAGCAGCAGAGUUUUCCAAUGCCGCUUAAUGAACAAACCGACCGUCUUUAUCUGCUCUGUCGAGGGGGCGCGAGAGCUGCUCUGUGAAAAGUCUAACAUAUUUCUGAAGGACCCAACUGAUUUUAUGACAAACAUAUAUGGAGACACUGUUGUCACCAUGAAUGGUGAGGAGGCCUUCCUCCUCCGUCUGUCUCUCAACCACUUGUUUACAGGAACAUGUCUGGAAUCCUCAACUAACUACAUGUCCAGUGUAUGUGAUCACUGCUUGAAGAACCUCUCAAUCAGUGCGGAGCCACAGUGUGUUUAUUCCAUCUUUAAACGUCUGGGGGCGGAGUUGGUGUUGGGUCUUUUCCUGAAUGUACGAGCCGAGGAUCAGCCUGAGGUUUUCCAGGAAAUCAUCGAGCUCUGCACAGAACACUGGCACGGUUUAAACUCGAUUCCAGUAAAUGUGAAGGUACCUUGGUGGACAUCAGGUUUCGCCAAAGCUCUGGAUGCCAGAAGCAAACUGAUGGAGAUCAUCAAAGACAAAUUAAAGAAUGAAACACAGGGUUUUGUCGGCGCUUUGGGUUCCGUGCCAUUUCCCAACUCUGGUUCUGCUGCUCAACAUCUCCUACUGUUCAUCUCAGCACUCAUUCCCAAAGCUCUGGCAUCGCUGCUCACCUCCUUCACUCUGGCUCUUGGAGGACCUGAACAGAGGGAAAGUCGUCAUGAAGCCAUCCGUAAUCCUGAUCACCUUCACAGAGUUCUCCUGGAGGUGCAGAGACUGUGGCCGCCCUUCAUUGGUGGACGCAGAAUAACUGAAAAGGAAUCCACCCUCGCAGACUUCUGUGUUCCUAAAGAUUAUGAUGUAAUGUAUCUCAGCUACUUCAUCCACCGUGACCCAGAGGUGUUCCAGCAGCCCGAUAGCUUCCUGCCAGAAAGAUGGAGUGGGAGGAAUGCAGGCCAGGAGCAUUUGCUGUGUUCUUUUGGCAAUGGGCCCAGAAGCUGCAUUGGUUCGACCCUUACUGAGAUCUUUAUUAAGGAAGCUUGCAGAUACCUGCUAAAGAACUACGACUGGUGUUUGGAUCCUCCGUCGCAGGACCUUCAGUACAAAUGGCUGCCUGUGUCCCGCCCCGCCAACCUUCCCAGUCUGUCCUUCACCCGAUUGGAUCAAACCGUAUUAGAAUGAGAUUACACUGGGGACACGCAGCCUCCGGCUGUGUUUUAUUGAACAAACAUGUGUGCCUUGCAUGCUGGGGGAAUGUCUGGAGAUGUGAAGGAGGGAUGCCGGCAAACUGCGAGGCUUUCCCCCUCCUGUGCAUAACCCUGUAAUCGUGCCAGGGAAAGCCGAGGGGGGCGCUGGUUGUGCUCUAUCUGUUCCUCUGCCAGAUAUUCUGCAGCGUUCCUUGAUUGCUCUGCAAGUGAAGGCAGGACAGAUGAGUCAUUCUUCUAUUGUGGAACCUGAAACAGACUCAGAAAUGUUAUAUUUUUUUAAACUACGAAUUCAUUCACAUGCAAGUCUUGUUUUUAAAAACUGCAAUCUGUCUCUAUUGCAGUUCAGUUCGGGAUGAGCCUUGAUGUUCCUGAGUGGAGGUGUGUGUGUCUGAAGCAGAAACUCUAUAGCAUUAGUAUUCAUGUCACUUCAUUCCAGAGGAUCGCACGUCAUGUGCUCACAAGGGAACAUGGGUAAACCCUCAGAUUCCAUCACUGCCUGCAAACCUGAACCCACUUCUUACUCCCCUCCACCCCACCUAGCAACAACCACUGCUUAGCAACAGUUUGUCAUACAGAUCCUGUCUUGCCUCCUUUUAGUAUGCAUGUCUCACACCAAUACACACACGCACACUAUUCUUGCUUAUAUUUUUAAUUGUAUACAUCUUGCCUGAAAAAAUAAAAAAAAUACUGUUUA